GAACAGUAGGAACGAGAAAUUCAAUUUUAAAUGUUUGCCUCAGUCAUUUUCCGGACGCGAAGCGAUUUAGUUGUGUUUUAAUGCUGCAGUUAUACUCGCGAGUGGCUGUUUACGCUUAGCAGUGAAUAAAUCGUUAACAUAUAUAUGUAUGUGCAUGUGCUAUAAAUGCUACCAGAAAUUUAAUCGUAUCGUUAUUAGUAUAUGUUAUGAAAUAAACAAAUCGACUCAAACAAAAAAUUGUGUUGUGAAUUCCAAAUUGAUGAUUUGAUUAAAAUUUUAAAAUAGCGACGCAGAUGAAAGGGUUAUAAGAAACCAUCUGCACUAAAGGAAUAUUCAUGCAAUAAAUGCGAAUCUUAUAAACAUACAUAUGUACGUAUGAAUAAGAAAAUUCAUCGCAAAUCAAGUCAAACUUGAAGUCUUUAACGAUAACUUCAAUAAAUUUUCAAUUGGCUAUACGGUUUUCAACAAUGCUGCAAUCCUGGAUCUUCCUAAGCUGUUCUUUUUCGCUGCUUACAGCAGUGGAAUCGAUGAUAGGAAGAAAAUCUCUCCCACUAGAUGUGGAGAAAACAAAUCCUAUGGCUUGGGAUCAUACUUUAGAUUUAAAUGAUGAUUUUCGUUUACUUUGGACAAUCAUAAAUGAUGACGCAGUGUUUGAGAUACAAGUGAAGACCCGCGGAUUCGUCGGUGUUGGAUUCUCUAAAACUGGGAGUCAAGAAGGGACAGACAUUGCUAUUGGAUGGGUGGAUAAGGGGCAAACAUUCUUCCAAGAUCGUCAUGUCCCAACAAAUAAAAACUCCACAGAACUAUUGGUGGAUCCUUCUCAAGACUAUAUACUUUUAAUAGGAUAUGAAAACGCAACUCACACAAUUGUACGGUUUCGACGAAAAUUGGAUACCUGCGAUAGCAUGUACGACAUUCCGAUCACAAAUAACACAAUGCGUGUCAUGUUUUUGUACGAUGACAACGAUCCCCCGAAUGGUUCAGUCAGUCCUGGAUCCUUACCUAACCUAAAAAAUGCAUGGCGUCAGCCUCGUUCGGUAGUUUUAAUUGAACGCUUCCUGCCAACGCAGACGUCUAAUUCCGAAAAAACACAUAAACUUGAAUUCCGAAAUUCCGGAGUCGAAUUACCAUUCGACGAUGAUACGUUGAUAUGGUGUACAUUUUUUAAACUUGAUAAACUAGAGGUGAAAAAUCAUAUUGUUAAGUACGAACCUAUUUUUGAUUCAUCAUGGAGCCUUCACUAUUUACAAUAUAUGACGCUAUAUGAAUGUACCGGCAGCGGACCAGAGCUUGAAGCGUUAGCUCAUGAACCAGGACAUCAGUGCCAUAAUACGCGCAACACGCAAAUUUCGUGCCAUUCUUAUAUGGCGUCAUGGUCACGGGGAUCCUCGGCUUUUAUUUAUCCUCCCGAAGUUGGUUAUCCAUUAGACACAAAUUCAAUACGUUUCGUUAUGAUGGAAACUCACUACAAUAACUUGGAAAUUGUAUUCGAGAAUUUCAAAAUAAAUCACAUGUUUGACAGCUCUGGUCUAAGGUUGUACAUCACUCAGAGUUUGCGUGCGAAUGAUGCGGGAUUGAUGUCCUUAGGAAUCGAGCCCAAUUGGCAUCACAUAAUUCCUCCGGGCCAAAAACGGGUUGUUUCACAAGGCCAUUGUGUAGAGCAAUGUACCCACUUUAAUUUCCCAUCAGAGGGUAUAAAUAUAUUUGCAACUAUGAUGAGAACGCAUCAGAUUGGAGCGGAAGUAAAGCUGCGUCAGAUUCGGAACAUGAGAGAGCUGGCUCCCAUUGUGUCUGAUGGUAAUAUUGAUCAAAAUUAUCAAACAUUCCGACGGCUUCCACAGGUUACGCGUUCUCUGCCAGGUGAUAGAUUAAUCGCUGAAUGUGUUUACGAUAGUUCAUCGCGGCGUGCAAUAACACUAGGUGGGUCUUCGAUGAAGGAAGAAAGCUGUAUGAUCUUUGCCUUAUACUAUCCAAAGCAAGACACCCUAACAUCAUGCCAUUCUUCUCCAAGUCUGGCAACUGUUUUACACUCUCUAGGAAUUGAAUAUUUGAAUGCAAACUCUGACCCUGUGGUUAUAUCUUUACCAACGGAAUUGAAGGGAAUGACACUCGAAACGCGGUUGCUAACAUAUGAUUGGGAUAAUCAAUUCAAAGCUUUUCAAGAUAUAACUUUGAACGGUGCUUUUAAGGUCCUUUGCCAAAGCGGAAAAAGUACAGCUCCAACGUCUCCUAAUAGCCUAACUGGUUGGCCGGUUAAUAUAACUCAAACCUUUAUACAGCCAAACCGUUGCAACACAAAGCGUCCUAGUAGAAGCAAGUUUCAGCAACAAAUUCAGCAACAUAAUGUAAUUGUUAUGAAUGAUAUUCCAAGCAACGAUAUUGUUGAGUUAUCAGUUCGAAACAGCCGAAGUUCAUUUAGUGAAACAUUGGCUCUGAGUGGAAUAAAACCUUCCUCUGCGUCGCAUGGGCGAGAAUUACUACCUACUUGUUUUAUGUUCAUGCUUAUAGCCUAUGCUAUGGGCCUAAGCUGAAAGGAAUAAAAUACUACCUACCGUAAUGUUGAAGCAAUAUGAUGACAAUGAAAGAAAUAUUAGCCGUGUUUUCUUUACUCGUACAUGUAUCUGCGCUCACUACAAAACAAAAAAACGCAUUACUGUGCAACAACCAAAAAAUGCAAGAGGUAGAAGUAUUUAUGUCGCAGUUGUUUUCAGAAUUCUGAAGGUGUGUUGCGCGAUACCAAAGUACGUCUUCUCUGUUUCUGUUAAUAUUUAUGGUCGCCCGCCGUAGCCGAAUGGGUUGGUGCGUGACUAUCAUUCGGAAUUCAAAGAGAACGUAGGUUCGAAUCUCGGUGAAACACUAAAAUGAAGAAAAGAUUUUUUCUAAUAGCGGUCGCCCCUCUGCAGACAAUGGCAAACCUCCGAG